GAUCAACAUAUGGAGAAUGGAAAGAAUGUGACAGAAUUCAUCUUAUUAGGACUUACACAGAAUCUGAAGAUGCAGAAAAUAAUAUUUGUAUUGUUUCUAUUCUUAUACAUGAUAACACUAGCAGGCAAUCUACUUAUUGUGGUGACCAUUACCAACAGUCAGUCUCUAAACUCCCCCAUGUACUUCUUCCUGGCACACUUGUUCAUAGAUACAAUCUAUACAUCUUCCUCAGCACCUAAACUUAUCAUGGACUCCCUACAAGAAAAGAAAACAAUCUCCUUCAAUUGGUGUAUGACCCAAGUCUAUGCAGAACACAUCUUUGGGGCUACUGAGAUCAUCUUGCUCACAGUGAUGGCCUAUGAUAGGUAUGUUGCCAUCUGUAAACCACUCCAUUAUACUACAAUUAUGAGCAGGAAGUUGUGUGGCCUCCUUGUUGGGAUAGCUUGGACAGGGGGCUUUCUCCAUGCAACAAUCCAGAUUCUCUUCAUAAUCUGGUUGCCUUUCUGUGGACCAAACAUCAUAGACCACUUCAUGUGUGACUUGUACCCUUUGCUCAAUCUCGUCUGCAUGGACACCCAUACCCUUGGUCUAUUUGUGGCUGCUAAUAGUGGCUUCAUCUGUCUGUUAAACUUCCUCUUGUUGAUGGUCUCCUAUGUUGUCAUUCUGCAUUCUCUGAAGAACCAUACUCUGGAGGGGAGACAUAAAGCCCUCUCCACCUGUGUCUCCCAUAUCACUGUGGUCAUCUUAUUUUUCUUGCCCUGCAUAUUUGUGUACCUGAGGCCUGUAACAACACUUCCAAUAGAUAAAGCUGUAGCUGUUUUUUAUACUAUGGUGGCCCCCAUGUUAAACCCUUUAAUCUACACACUAAGGAACGCAGAAGUGAAAAAUGCUAUGAGGAAGCUCUGGAGCCAGAAAGUAAAUUUAGCUGAUAGGUAA